UUCAAAAUACACAAAAAAAAUUAUUAUUCAUCUAUUUUUAUAUGAGAUUAAAAAAGUUAAUAGAUAUAAUAAGGUUGUAGAACUGAUCAAUAACAUCAGUCAAACUCAUUAGUUAUGGAUCUAAAUAGUUGGGAGAUUGUUGAAUCAUCAAAUAGUAAAAAAAUCAACGAAAAUGUUAAACAUCAAAAUGAUAACAAAUUAAAAGAUGACAAAAAAGAAGAAAAUUACAUUAGUCAUCUGCAUCGGAGCAGUAGCAACAACAGAUAUGGUCAAAAUGUGAAAAAUUAUGAAACAGAAUGGCGAGACCUUUGCAUGAUGAUUUCAACGGAACCUGACCUUAAGAAGCUACGAACAAUUUCUAUUUCCGGUGACCUUAAAGUAUCAAAGUUCAGAUCAGUCAUAUGGAAUGUCUUACUUGGUGGAUUAUCAAAUGAUCCACAAAAUUGGAUUGAGGAACGAAAAGAACAAAGGAACAAGUAUCGUGACCUGAAAAGGAAGUUCAUACUAGAUCCAAAUAGUCUUAGAAUAGCUGAAGAGAAAGAUAAUCCAUUGUCACAGUCAAAAGAUAGCAUAUGGAAUCAGCACUUUUGUGAUACGGAACUACGGAAUGUGAUUCAUCAGGAUGUCGUCCGAACUAAUCCGAAUGUAGAUUAUUAUCGGAAAGAUCAUGUCCAAGAAAUUAUGAUAAAUAUUUUAUUUUGUUAUGCACGACAAUAUCCACUGACUUGUUAUCGACAAGGCAUGCAUGAGAUUUUAGCACCGCUGAUCUUUGUCAUGCAUUGCGAUCAUCAAAGUUUAGGUCAUAUCCAAGAGGAAACAAACAUUGACUUAGAUUUAAUCUUAUUGACUGUCCUAGAUCCAAUCUACAUCGAAGAAGAUUCUUAUCAUUUAUUUUGUCAACUUAUGAAUAGCCUUGAAUUAUUUUAUAGAGUCAAUGACAUGACAAUAUCGGAAAGUGGACAAUUGUCGAAUAUUCCAAAAGAAGACAGUCCGAAAAAAGACCCGAAAAAGAGCUCGGAAAUUGAAGUUGUUCAUCAACUCAACAUGGUGCGAGAUAAAAUAUUUGCCAAGAAUGAUCUUCACUUGCACAAUCAUUUUCUCAAAUUGGAGAUACCGUUGGCUUUGUUUGGAAUACGAUGGUUACGCUUACUAUUUGGCCGUGAAUUCAACUUACUAGAUUUGCUCAUUUUAUGGGAUGCAAUAUUUGGCAUCGGAGAUAAUUUAAAGUUUACAUAUUAUAUUGUUGUUGCUAUGCUGACUCAUAUUCGAGAUAAAUUACUUACAAAUGAUUACACGACUUGCCUUACAAUCUUAAUGAGAUAUCCAACGCAUGCUGAUGUUUCAUUGAUCAUCCGUCAUGCACUUUACAUGUGCGAGCCAGAAAAGUAUAAAUUGCCAGAAGAUGCUUUUGUAUUCCUUAGAAAUAGUCCGAAACAGCGUGUGACGGGAAUACCAAGAGGAUAUCAACAGCCAGUUGUCAUGAAAAGUACGGUUCGAUCAUCAGGACCUAAAAUGCCUUCACCUAGAAAACUUAGUGAUGAUAUAAGACGAGAAUCUGCAAAAAUCAAUAGGAAAUCACAGAAUGACGAUGGAGUUGUUGAUGGAUAUUUAGUUGAUGAUCCAGAGAUCCUUAAAAUGGAACUACAAGACAGUUACAGCAUUAUGACAGUGUCUAGAAUCAAAUUACUUCAAUAUUUGUCAACUUUAAGGAAAUACAUUCCCGGCAAUCAAGUUGAUGAACUUCAUCAGACACUUGAUGGCAUUGAGGAGCUUUGUUCCUUAUUAAAGCCAAAACAUCAAUUUUUAAUUGACAACAAUGUACCAAUUGAUGAUGCAUUUGAGGCUGAUGAUGAUGAAGAUGAUGUCCUUAAUGCUCCAUCAACAUCUACCCAAAAUUAUCGAAGUACAUUUCCAGUUACAAGAAAAUCAAAUCAAGCCCCAACUUAUGAAUUGCCAAGCAAUCGAGUGACUAAAUUGGCAACUCAAUUGCUGCAAAAGAAUCGUCGUGAAGUCGAAAUGGAAGAGAUCAAGUCAGUUGUUGUAAGGAAUGAAAGUUUAGGUCAUAUUCCACAAAAAAAUCCUGUUGGUGAUCGACGCAAUUCAGACUGAUAUAUUAUUUGAGAUUGUCUGCAUAACAAUCGAUUAAUAUUUUUGUUUACAAUGAAACACUAUAUUCAUUUAUGCUGCAUUGUAUUGUUUAAAAUCAUGAAUAAAAAAC